AUAGAAUAUAGAUAAUUAAUAAAAACGGGCCUGCAACACAAAAAUAAGUAAGAAAAUUCAUACGGAACCCUGUUGGAAAAGCAAGAAACAUCACCAUCAUCAGCACCUAGACCCGGACCGAGACCCACAUUCUCAUAUUCUCCACUAGUUCCAAGCUCCCCAGCUGUCUGCCAUCAGCUGAUCAGAGCACACUAGGAGGGAGAGGAAGUGCCGUGCUGGGGGGCGGCGUGUGAGUGGCGGACUGGCAGCCAUGGGGAGCAGGCAGGCGUGGGCAGUAGCGGCUGUGGCAAGGCAUCAACCGGCGUGCAGGGCCUGGUGGCGGUGGCCCACGUCUGCCAGGCUGGCCUCCGCCCACAUAUCUAACCUGGCACCGCCUCCUCGCCCUGAUUGGGAGACAAGAAGGCUUCACACUUCACAUAUAAAAAAAUUCUGGGAGGAUAAGAAAACCACUUCUCUUGCCCUUGUGGAUGCUGUGAAGCAGGUCCGCCACUCCCCCACUCCAGCUCUUGCUCUUGGGUUCUCAGGACUGGUGCCGUUCAUGGCUGUCCCAGCAUACAUGAUGACUACAGGUCUUUAUGAAGCAGAAUUGGCUCAGGCGCAGCUGUACUAUGGAGCAUCAAUACUGUCCUUUCUUGGAGGCGUGCGGUGGGGCCUGACUCUUCCUGAGGGCAGCUCCCAGCCCCCUGACUGGCACAAUCUGGGCUACAGUGUUGCCCCAUCCCUGGUGGCUUGGCUGGGGCUCCUGGCACCCCACACUGUAGGGGUGUUGACAUUGAUGGGAGGGCUUGGGCUGGCAGGUUACAUGGAUAUAGCCAUGUGGGGGUAUCCAGGUUGGUUCAAAGGAAUGAGGUUCUGCCUUACCUUUGUCGCUGUGUUGUCUUUGUGGACAACACUAGUGUUCAAGAUGACAUUUUCUGCCACGAAGGAUAGUGCUGAGGAAAAAGGAGUUGUAAAAAGUGUCUUGGAGUAGUUUUGGUGUAAAUAUUAGUUAAUGAAUAAAUAAAUAUUGUAUUUUCAUA